GGAGAAUUACUAAUUUCUUCUCCCCCACUGCCUGCUGCGCCUGGUCUCCGUCCGCUCCUUCGUUCACACCUUCUUCCACUAGCCGGUCUCCGGUGGCGGGGGACGAGACGACCGUCGUCCGUCGACUCCGAGCUCGCGGCCGCGGUUCUGGACUCAUCGCACGCGCCAGAGGAUCCCCUCCCCGAGGUGAGUUGCGUGCGGGCGGGCGGGCUCGGCGCCGUCGUGCUUGCUUGCGCGGGCGAGCGCUUCUUUCUCGGGGGAAUCUUGGGAGGGUGUGGUGGUGGUGGGGUUGUUGCCCCGUUUGAUGCGUCCGCACGCAACAAAUCGCCUGCUAGGGUCGCUUCUUGCCGCCGCGGAUCUGCCGUCGUGAGAGCUGCCAAGUAGCCGAGGUGCUCGCGAGGAGUUCACGGAAGGACUGCUUCCGUUCCGGUGUCGUUCUGCGGUGAAUAAUGGAGGAAGUGGAGGAGGCCAACAGGAUGGCCGUGGCGAGCUGCCACCGAGUGCUUGGCCUGCUCACCCAGACCCAGGACCCGGCGCAGCUCAGGAGCAUAGCUCUGGGGACGGACGAAGCCUGUGCCAAGUUCAGGAAGGUGGUUUCCCUCCUCGGCAACGGCAACGAAGGAGGGGGAACCCAUCCCAGAGCCAAGCUUGUGAGCAGAAGGCAGACCCCCGGGUUCUUGAGCCAGAAGAGCUUCUUGGACAACAACACCCCGGUGGUGGUGCUGAACAGUGCGCACCCUUCGACCAGCUCUGCGCAGGUGUAUCCUAGAAACAGCAUUUUGGAUUCACAGCCCGCGCACCCAAUCGGAGGGCUUCCCAAGCUGGUCCAGCCAUUGUCCGCGCAUUUCCAGUUCGGCGAUUCGUCGCGGUAUAAUCAGUUCCAGCAGCAUCAGCACCAGCAGCAGAAGAUGCGGGCCGAGAUGUUCAAGAGAAGCAACAGCGGGAUCAACUUGAAGUUUGACAGCCCCAGUGGCACGGGGACAAUGUCGUCCGCGAGGUCCUUCAUGUCAUCUUUGAGCAUGGAUGGCAGCGUGGCCAGCCUGGAUGCCAAGUCUUCCUCGUUCCAUUUGAUCGGCGGGCCUGCCAUGAGCGACCCGGUGAAUGCACAGCAGGCUCCAAGGAGAAGAUGCUCGGGACGUGGGGAGGAUGGAAAUGGCAAGUGUGCUGCAACUGGCAGGUGCCAUUGCUCAAAGAGAAGUAGGAAGUUGCGGGUGAAGAGGACGAUUAAAGUUCCCGCAAUUAGUAAUAAAAUUGCUGAUAUACCUCCAGAUGAAUACUCCUGGAGGAAGUAUGGGCAGAAGCCAAUUAAGGGUUCCCCUCAUCCCAGGGGGUACUACAAAUGCAGCAGCGUGAGGGGUUGCCCUGCGCGGAAGCAUGUUGAACGUUGCGUGGAUGAUCCAUCGAUGCUCAUUGUGACAUACGAGGGUGAACAUAACCAUACGCGAAUGCCAACUCAGUCUGCGCAAGCUUAGGGAAUCCCUUGAUUAUCACUCUUUUCAGGAAAUGCCAACUCACCGGCACUUGUUGACAGACUGCGUUGUUCUCCUAAAUUAGGAUUGCGAAGUGACAAAUAUGGGAUCCAUUUGAGCAGUUGAUGUGUCGGUUGGCCUCCUGACCUACAUGUUUUGUAGUGAGUGUCAAGUGGGAGGAUGCAAAAAUGUUGUUCUCCCUUAAGGAGGUAAUCAGAAUGAUGAAAUGUUAGAACAUGAUGUUAGAUAGGACACCUGAGAUUUGCUCAGGAGGGAGUGCGAAGAGUUGGAAGGGAAGAUAGAAAUUUGGGGAUGAUAUGUGUGUAAAGUAGCAAAAAUUGAUAAAAUCACUGGGUCUCCCUCUUUUUGUACCAAGUGCACAAAAAGGCUGGUUUUAAAUCAAAAAUAAAUGAGAGAACCAAUUUGUGGUUGGAUA